AUGCUAGAGUCUCCAACGAAACAUCCUCUCGAAGUUUCGAAAGCAGUUGAAUUUAAGGAAAUCAAGAAACUACCAAAGUUCUCACAUCCAAGCAUGGCCUGCAUCAAUCCAGUCCAUGCAGAAGUAGAUAAGCUUAGCCCACCUCGGUACUCAAGAAUGGGGAUCACUGGGAGCCCCAUAAAGUACAAUGAGAAGGAGAUUUUCCAGAAAAUUCUUCCUGAUCAUCUCAUUAGGCCUCCUCCAGAAGUCCUUAACAAGCCUAUCAACAAGGAGAAGACAGUAGAAGAUAUUAUUAGGAUCAUUGAAAAAAGAGAAAGUAGAAGGCUCACUUCAAAAGAGACUAGAGAUAUUUAUGAAAAAGAAAAUAAAAAAGAAGAAAAUCGUAAAAGGAAAGAACAAAUUAAGGAAAAUUCCAAGACUUUCUUCAAAGAAUGCCAGCUCAAGCUUGAAGAGGUUAAUGCUAAGAAGGAAAGCCCGAAAGCUUCUAAGCUUGCUAAGAGUGUUAUCGGGGCGUUAUUCCAUGUCAAGUUGAAGGGAAUGAGGAAAUUAUAUAACGAAUUAAUGGGCACAAAUCCUAAAAUUAUUUUAAAGAGCAAAUUCUUAGAGUUUGCAAAAAUGGUCCUGAAAGGCCAAAAAUUAACAGACACUGAUUUGAAAGAACUCUACAGUCUUUACUGUAAGAAGAACAAGAAGAAGGAAAAUGAGAUGUCUACGACCAAAGCGAAAGCAGCGAAGAGCGUUAUGAAGAAAUGGCUGAGGAAAGGCACAGCCGAUUCCAAAGAUUCUCCCUUUGGCUUCCACGACACUCUCAAUUCUAAGAAGAGUAGCAACAAACAAGACACUAAAAAUGAGGAGUCAAAGUUUUCCAGGAAGAAGUCUAGGAAGAGAGACGAGAAGAAAACUAAAGCUGAAAAACCAGAGGAAAUAAAACUUUCAAUGGAAGCUUUAACUACUUCGUAUGAUGAAUACCUUAAGCAAGAAGAGAACCUCUCAGGAGUAUUAAACACAAAGACUCUGAAUCUGAAGAACAUCGAGUUAAAGGACAAGAUCAAUUAUUGGAGGCAAGGAAAGGAUCUCAGAGAGCUCACAACGGAAAAAAUUUAACGAAAAAGAGCAAGAAGUUGAUAGAAUAAUCACUAAAUAUUGUGGUGAGAUCACUGUUGAUAAAGAACUCCUUGAAGCAUGUAGGAAGGAUUACACCGAACUUAUGAAAGAGAGGCAUACUCUAAUAAAGCAAGAAAACACCUUAAAUGACUUUCUCCUUGAGUUAAAUGAUUUCAAAAUAUUGGAGAUUAGAGAUAUGGUAAAAUGCAUGGAUAACUACAGGACCAGGUUUUAUUCAACUUUCACAAUGCUAAAUACCUUUGUGAAUAAAAUCUCAAGAGAAUGUGUGCUCAAUCAAUUCUUCUUCUCAUUCUUUGAUGUUGCAGACCUGGUCGUAAAAAUGACUCCUUCCAAAGCAGACUAUGCUCAUAUGAUCGGACUCUUGAACGAUACUAAAGCUGAAUACAUUAAAGAGAAGGUUGAAAUUCUUAAGAAAGAGCUAAAACAAAGAGAUAAUCCUGAAGUAAAAAUUACAGACGAAGACCUUAUCCCUCUUGAGCUGAUCAGACAGACCUUGGAAAAAUUAAAAGAGAAGUUCAAAGAAGGCUGUGGCGCUAUCGAAGCUUUUAUUGAUGAAUGUAGGGAUGUGACAUGACAAAAAAUAUGACAACUUCAGGUGGAAAACACUAAAAUCAAGAAAACUAUCGAAAAUAAUGUCUUUAUAGCUCAUAUAAGCAAAAUAAUGGAUAAAAGGAGAGAAGAGGUAUUCUCUUUGGGCUACAAGAUCAGAAUUCUACAUAUGGCCAUUUCAAAGACUUUGUUUACGACUGCAAGGGAUAUAAAUAUGGUGUACUUUAACAUCAUUGGGCUGAGUAAAGAUAAUAAUCUUGAAUUCGGCCAAAGACUAACCAGAGAGAUGGAAAUGUUCAAUAACAAACCUUUCACUACUGAAGAUCUUCCCAGCGAGAAUCUCAGUGAGCCUGGAGAAGAAGUCAUGAUGAGAGCUUUUCAAAGGCUGGGAGCUUUCAGAGAAGCAAUGAAUUCUGCUCGUAAAAAGAACGAAAAGAAACUCUCAACAGAAAACGGGCUCAAAAUCGACGAAGAAGAAAGUAAAGAUAGUUUUAUAGAUGAAACUUUCGAGAGAAUGAUUGACCUUGAAGAAGUCAAUCGAGACAAAAGUGAAGAGUUUAAUCUAGCCUCUGGAAGACCUAAGUCAUCUUUCAGAGACAAAUUCGGGAAAGGAGAACAACCCAAAUUCACUCAUCUUGAUGAAGAAGAUGAAGAGGAUAGAGAAGCUAUUGAAGAGAAAAAGAGGCGAGAGGAGGAAGAACGAGAAUGGAUGGCGAAAUAUAGAGAUACAGAUACUGGUGAACCUUUUAAUCCUAUCAAAAAGUUCGGACUUAUUGACAAAGACUACCUUGUUUAUGACAAUGCCACCAGCUCCUACCCACUGAACCUCCCUGCAGAUUACUAUCAGAGAUAUGUAAAGUCGACAGUACCUAGUAAAAAGGAUGGAAAAUGGUUUAUCAGGCCACAUCACAUUGAAAAACUUACUACACAUGUAAAGUCGAUAAAGGAUGACGUCCUCAACACCAAUUACUACUCACACUAUCACGAUGAGAGUAAGAACAAGAUGAAAGUCGAUGAAACAGCAGAAGCUAUUCAAGGUCUGGAGAACAAAAUUAGCCAAAUAAAGGAUUAUGUCAAAAUGAUCAAGAUGAACAAUGGCACUUGGGACCCUGAUUAUGAUGAGAUACUUGCUACAGACCCAGAAAUAAACAGAGAAGCAAGGAAUAGAUACGAGGCAUUGAUGAAAGAAGGAAAAACUGGCAAAAAGAAUCUGUAUAUGCUAAAAGCUUUUGAAUCCUUGCUCUACGAACAAAGAAGAAUAGAAAAAGAGAUGCUUAAUCUCCAAAGAGCUAAAGAAUAUGAAAAGAACAGGCCACCUCAAGAAGGCUGGUACAUGCUUAAAACAGAGGAGUUUAACAAAGAGCUGUACAGAAAUAGAAUGGAUCUGAAGCCAAAUAACCAGAACAGAGUGUAUCUGGACAAUCUGAAAGAUCCUUACUUGUACUAA